UAGCGGGCAAGUGUUAUCGUUUGCUGGUGAGGUGAGGCAGAGAAUAAAAUUCAUCUGGAAGUACACUAAAUAAAGAUGGCAGUAAGUAAGGCGAAAACUGCAGCCAUUGCAAUCAACUUGAUCGUGUUUAUAAUUGUUACCAUUCUAAAUUACUUUUCCACGAAAUCGGGCAAAGUAUUCCCAAAAGCGACAGGGAAAGUAUCGGACGAUCAUCCAACUGAAGUAACACCAGCUGGUUCUACUUUUGCAAUCUGGGGAUUCAUUUACAUUUACCAACUUGCAUGGGUCAUAUACAGCCUGACAUUACUUUGCAGAAAUGCACCGGACAUUUUACCCACAUCAUUCUACGUUUCAUUCACAUUUGCCACGAUUUUCAACUUUUUGUGGCUUUUUGUCUGGUCUCGGGAGCACCUGGGCCUUGCCUUUGUGUUUAUUGCACUCAUAGGCAUAUUUUUGGAGGUCUGCUUAUACUUCAGCUUCACAAGCCUUAACAGAUAUAUAGAGACGUUACAGAAUGGCGACAGCACUCCAAGUGUCACUGAUGUCUGGUGCAUUCGAAUGCUUGUACAUAACGGCAUCAUAUUCUACACCACGUGGGUUACAGUUGCAACGUGCCUUAAUUUGACCAUCGUACUCCAAUACGACCUUGAGGCAAACGGCAGCAAGGCAGCCCUCGGUUCCCUUAUAAUCCUUUUCCUUAUCAUUGUUGUCUGGUUUCUGCUGGAGAACUUCGCAUUUGGAGCCUACACACGUUUCACUUUCACCGAAUACAUUGUAUUGAUCGUUGCUUUGAGUGGGAUACUGAAGAAAAACUGGACUGAUGGUAAGGGUAACCAAGGGUUCGUAAUGUUCCUGCUGGUGCUGUCGGCGCUCUUGUUGAUUUCGCGAUUGGUCGUAAUUUUCGUCAAGGAAAGAAAGCUAGGCUUCAGGGUCUAGAUACCAAUUAUUUCGCUCACCACUGAAAGAAACUACUCCGACGGGAAGAACCAAUCAUUUUGAACAAAAUUUUUUUAUCUUGCUGCUUGUGGGACAUACUUAAAAGUAUUUGUCAUAACUCCUUGAUUAGGCGUGAUUUGAUAUGGAAUGGCACGUACACUACCUCUUAGAACUACAUUUACGAAAAUACACAACUCGAAGGUGUAACAUUAUUAUCAUUUACAUUACAUAAUAUAUUCUUUUAAAA